GCUGAGAGUCUUAUCCUGUUAAGGUACCGAGUGAGCAGUCAGUAAUGGGUAACUCCACCAGCCGUUUCAAGGAUCUGCCUGCUCCAUUUUCCUUAAACUUCUGCCGUAAGCAGACUGUGCUUGUGGAGGAUGAGGUGGUACUGGCUGAGAAAGAAAUUUCUAGCUCAAAAAAUGGAGGACAAGCCCAGACCCAAAAGUGCAUUCGUAUCAAGAACUGGGAGAACAACACACUGUCCUAUGACACUCUGAAUGUGCAGACAGAGCAGGAUGCUGCUUGCACAAGGGCGCGUUGUCUGGGAUCCGUCAUGUUCCCAUCCCAGAUGUCCUGUCCUCAUCCCCAGGGACCAAAGUCACAGGAGGAGCUGCUGCCCCAGGCUAAGGACUUUAUUAACCAGUAUUACAGCUCCAUCAAAAGAUCUCAGAGUAAAGCCCACACGGAGCGAUUGAAAGAGGUUGAGCAGGAGGUAAUGACUACAGGAACUUACCAGUUGAAGGAGAAUGAGUUGAGCUUUGGUGCCAAACAGGCCUGGCGAAAUGCAUCCCGCUGUGUGGGUAGAAUCCAGUGGUCAAAGUUGCAGGUGUUUGAUGCCCGUGACUGCUGCAGCACUCGGGAGAUGUUUACAUACAUCUGUAAUCACAUCAAGUACGCAACCAACAAGGGAAAUAUCAGAUCGGCCAUCACCAUUUUCCCUCAGAGGAAUGAUGGAAGCUCUGAUUUCCGUAUCUGGAACAGUCAGUUUAUCCGCUAUGCAGGUUAUAGACAAGAGGACGACAGUGUGGUGGGCGACCCCCUCAACGUGGAACUUACUGAGCUCUGUGUCCAGCUGGGCUGGAAACCCAAAGGUGGGAGAUUUGAUGUGUUACCGCUGCUGCUGCAGGCCAAUGGCGAAGAUCCGAAACUCUAUGAGAUUCCUCCAGAUCUGGUGCUAGAAGUGCCACUCCGUCACCCAACAUAUGAGUGGUUUGCAGACCUUGGGUUGAAGUGGUAUGCUCUGCCUGCGGUCAGUAACUUGCUCUUGGAGAUUGGCGGCUUGGAAUUCCCAGCUGUUCCUUUCAACGGUUGGUACAUGGGCACAGAAAUUGGAAUGCGGAACCUGUGCGACUCAUACAGAUACAACAUAUCAGAAGAGGUGGCGAAACGUCUGGGGCUGGACACCAAGAAGACGUCCUCUCUGUGGAAGGACAAAGCUGCUCUUGAGAUUAAUAUUGCUGUGUUACACAGCUAUCAGAGUGACAAGGUGACCAUCGUGGACCAUCAUGCAGCUACCGAGUCGUUCAUGAAGCACAUGGAGCAUGAGACUCGCCUGCGCGGAGGUUGCCCUGCUGACUGGGUCUGGAUUGUUCCUCCGACGUCUGGCAGCCUCACACCCGUGUUCCACCAGGAGAUGGUGAAUUACCACCUGACGCCUUCCUUUCUGUACCAGCCUGAUGCCUGGAAACAUCACAUCUGGAAGGGGUCUCAGAGCACCAUUACCAGAAAAAGAACCUUCAAGGAAGUUGCCAAUGCUGUGAAGUUUUCAGCCAAACUGAUGGGACAAGCCAUGGCCAGACGUGUGAAGGCAACAAUACUAUAUGCCUCUGAGACCGGCAGGUCAGAGACUUACGCCCAUAACCUCUGUAAGAUCUUCAAACAUGCGUUUGAUCCAAGGGUUGUGUGCAUGGACCAAUAUGACACUGUCAACCUGGAGCAUGAGACUCUGGUACUGGUGGUGACCAGCACGUUUGGGAACGGUGACCCCCCUGAGAAUGGUGAGACAUUUGCCCAUGAGCUGAUGGAAAUGACCUCUCCUAGCACAGUCACCCUUCAGCCGGAGCAGCAGAAGAGCUACAAGACUCGGUUCAACAGUGUUUCUCAGACAGACCUGCUUGUCACCUCCUGGAAAAAAAAAAGAAAGGAAUCCAGUAAUACAGACAGCGCGGGCCCCCUUGGCACACUUCGGUUCUCAGUCUUUGGGCUGGGUUCCCGAGCCUACCCCCAUUUUUGUGCUUUUGGACAUGCUGUAGACACUCGGUUGGAGGAACUUGGUGGUGAACGUAUCUUAGAGAUGGGGGAGGGGGAUGAACUGUGUGGACAAGAGGAUUCCUUUCGAGCUUGGGCCAAAGCAGUAUUCAAGGCAGCCUGUGACACAUUUUGCGUUGGAGAUGACACUGAACUGAAUCUCAUAGAUUUCUUCAAGGCUAAAGGCAACUGGCAGAGGUCUAUGCACAGACUUUCCAUUCAAGCAGCAUCCCUGGACCUCAUAACAGGUCUCUCCCAAGUGCACAGGAGGAAAGUCUAUGAGACUAAAUUCCUAUCCAAGCAGAACCUGCAGAGUGAGGCGUCCAGGAGAGUAACGUGUAGCCCUUUUCUACGGAUAAUGUCUCCUCUGACUACGGAGGGACUGAGUAGCGUAGAGGAAGUUAGGUACCCAAGUCGCUCCACUAUCCUGGUGCAUCUGAGUACAGACGGGCAGAGUGAGCUGAGUUACUCUCCUGGGGACCAUCUGGGCAUCUUCCCCUGUAACAGAGAGGAGCUGGUAGUGUACCUGCUGGAGAGGGUAGAAGAUCCACCCCCUGCUAAUGACACGGUGCAGGUAGAGACAGUCGAUACCGAUAAAAGGUUGGGCACUGGCAAGAAAGCUUCAUGGGUACCUGAUACUCGUAUCCCCCCAUGUACUCUUCGACAAGCUUUGACCCAUUAUCUGGACAUCACCACCCCACCAACACCACAGCUGCUUCAGCUACUGAGCACACUCUGUGAGGAACCAGAGGAGGCAAGUCGGCUGGAGACAUUAAGCCAGGAUGCCCGCCUGUAUGAGGAAUGGAAGUGGUUCCGCUGCCCCAAUCUGGUUGAGGUUCUUGAGGAGUUCCCAUCUAUUUCUCUUCCUAGCUCCCUGCUCCUUACUCAGCUCCCCCUCCUGCAGCCCCGAUACUAUUCCAUCAGCUCCUCCACGGACGCUUUUCCUGAGGAAAUCCAUCUUACCGUGGCUGUUGUGUCCUAUCACACGCAGGAUAAUAAAGGUCCCCUGCACUAUGGGGUUUGCUCCACAUGGCUGGACCAGCUGAUGCCUAAGGACCCUGUUCCGUGUUUUGUCAGAGCGGCUCCCACCUUCCAGUUACCCGCAGACUUCUCUGCACCCUGUAUACUAGUGGGGCCAGGAACUGGCAUAGCCCCAUUCAGGGGAUUCUGGCAGCAGCGUAUGUACGACAUCGAAAAAAAAGGUCAGGUUCCUGGAGAAAUGACUUUGGUCUUUGGUUCCCGAUGUCCAGAGCUCGACCACAUCUACAAGCAGGAAACGCAGGAGGCACAGAAAAAAGGCGCACUCACCAAGAUAUACACAGCUUUCUCACGACAGCCAGACAUGCCCAAGACAUACGUACAGGACAUUUUGCGCACCCAGCUGGCUUGUCACGUGUAUGAUGUCCUCUACCACCGAAGGGGUCACAUGUACAUAUGUGGUGACGUGACUAUGGCCCAUGAUGUGCUUCAGACGGUGCAGCUGAUUCUGGUGUCGCAGGGAGACAUGAGUAUUGUGGAAGCCGGAGAUUACAUUGGGGAGCUGAGGGACCAAAACCGAUACCAUGAGGAUAUAUUUGGCAUCACAUUAAGGACACAGGAGGUGACAUCGCGUGUUCGCUGCCAAUCGCUGUCACUGCAGGAGAAGAGAGACACAUUCUGUGCAUGAAGAGACCACGUCAAAAACAUUUAUAUAUAGGACUGUCAUUUCAGUAUACGUGUGACUGAGCAUACCACACAUGUAUGUACACUGGCACACAAUGCAUAAGCAAUUACCAAAUGCACUUGUUCCCCUUACUGUGUGUGUGUAUAUUAGGGUUGCCACCUCAGCCAUGUUUGCCUGGACACUUAUGAGUUACACAUGCUGCAGGGUGUGCAGGGAGGAACAUGUAUUGUGUUUCUGGGCAGCACUAUUCAUAUUCCUCCCUGCACACCCUGCAGCAUGUGUAACUUAUAAGUGUUCUGUAUUUUAAGGGACGGGUGUGUGUGUGUGUGUGUGUAUAUAUAUAACAGCUUGGGAAUACAUCAUGUGAAAACCUGACACAGACAAUGAAGCAAGCUGUGUGCUAAUAACUGGGGGGUAACUAUAGUGUGCAAGUAUUGCGGUCUUAUGGUUUGUAUACAGUGUGGUAAUGGUCCCCUACACACACACACAUAUAUACAUACACACACACAUAUACAAAUAUAUAUAUAUAUAUAUAUAUAUAUAUAUACACUUAGCACCUAUAGAAUACCCACACUGUGUAAUAUUGUGUGCUUAGCAGCUAUGGAACACACACACACACACUGUGUAAUAUUGUUUACGUAGCACCUAUAGAAUACACACACACACUGUAUAAUAGUGUGUACUUAGCACCUAUAGAAUACCCACACUGUGUAAUAUUGUGUGCUUAGCACCUAUAGAAUACACACCCUGUGUAAUAUUGUUUACGUAGCACCUAUAGAACACACACACACACAUUGUAUAAUGUGUACUUAGCACCUAUAGAAUACACACACACACACUGUAUAAUAAUGUGUACUUAGCACCUAUAGAAUACACACACACACUGUGUAAUAUUGUUUACUUAGCACCCAUAGAAUACACACACACUGUAUAAUAGUGUGUACUUAGCACCCAUAGAAUACACACACACACACACACUGUAUAAUAUUGUGUACUUAGCACCCAUAGAAUACACACACACACACUGUAUAAUAGUGUGUACUUAGCACCCAUAGAAUACACACACACACACACUCACUGUAUAAUAGUGUGUACUUAGCACCUAUAGAAUACACACACACUGUGUAAUAUUGUUUACUUAGCACCCAUAGAAUACACACACACACACUGUAUAAUAGUGUGUACUUAGCACCCAUAGAAUACACACACACACACACUCACUGUAUAAUAGUGUGUACUUAGCACCUAUAGAAUACACACAAACACGCACACAGGGUAAAAUUGGCUUUAAUACAUUAGAUAUUAUGGAGUUUUAACAAAUCAGCUAAGGACUGGAGAGAGUUGUUUAUAAAUUGUACCCCCUGCGUAUAUAGCACAUAUUGUGUAGACACACACACCUAAUGCUAGUGACACCAUCACUACAACUCCUGGUGACAUUCUGUGGCACACACCAGGCACAAGCAAUCACACUUAUUAUUAAUGUAAAACCAAUAGGUUAUUUGUGUGCUGUAUGUAACCUUAAUGAUACAUACAUGUGCUUCACAUAUGCUGAUCCCACUGAGCUGAUCUCAUAUAAUCUUUGUACUAUUGCCCUCUGGUAUGUAACGUGCUGUGCACAUGUGCAAAACUGUAAAUAACACAGCAUAUAUGGUUUGUACAGCAGGAUCCCACAUGCAUGCAUAUGACAUGCGUACUAUACAGGUAUAUGACAUGGUUACUGUAUAGGUAUAUGACACAUCACAUGUAUAUUGUAAGGCAUGUUACAUGUAUACUGUAAGGCAUGUCACAUGUAUACUGUACAGGCAUGUCACAUGUUUACUGCACAGGCAUGUCAUGUCAGAUGUAAACUUUACAGGCAUGUCACAUGUAUACUGUACAGGCAUGUCAUGUCAGAUGUAUACUUUACAGGCAUGUCACAUGUAUACUGUACAGGCAUGUCAUGUCAGAUGUAUACUUUACAGGCAUGUCACAUGUAUACUGUACAGGCAUGUCAUGUCAGAUGUAUACUUUACAGGCAUGUCACAUGUAUACUGCACAGGCAUGUCACAUGUUUACUGCACAGGCAUGUCAUGUCAGAUGUAUACUUUACAGGCAUGUCACAUGUAUACUGUACAGGCAUGUCAUGUCAGAUGUAUACUUUACAGGCAUGUCACAUGUAUACUGUACAGGCAUGUCAUGUCAGAUGUAUACUUUACAGGCAUGUCACAUGUAUACUGUACAGGCAUGUCAUGUCAGAUGUAUACUUUACAGGCAUGUCACAUGUAUACUGCACAGGCAUGUCACAUGUUUACUGCACAGGCAUGUCACAUGUUUACUGCACAGGCAUGUCACAUGUUUACUGCACAGGCAUGUCACGUGUUUACUGCACAGACAUGUCACAUGUUUACUGCACAGGCAUGUCACAUGUAUACUGCACAGGCAUGUCACAUGUAUACUGCACGGGCAUGUCACAUGUAUACUGUACAGGCAUGUCAUGUCACAUGUAUACUGCACAGGCAUGUCACAUGUAUACUGUACGGGCAUGUCACAUGUAUACUGUAUGGACAUGUCACAUGUAUACUGCACAGGCAUGUCAUGUCACAUGUAUACUGCACAGGCAUGUCACAUGUAUACUGUACAGGCAUGUCAUGUCAGAUGUAUACUUUACAGGCAUGUCACAUGUAUACUGUACAGGCAUGUCAUGUCAGAUGUAUACUUUACAGGCAUGUCACAUGUAUACUGUACAGUCAUGUCAGAUGUAUACUUUACAGGCAUGUCACAUGUAUACUGUACAGGCAUGUCAUGUCAGAUGUAUACUUUACAGGCAUGUCACAUGUAUACUGCACAGGCAUGUCACAUGUUUACUGCACAGGCAUGUCACAUGUAUACUGCACAGGCAUGUCACAUGUAUACUGCACGGGCAUGUCACAUGUAUACUGUACAGGCAUGUCAUGUCACAUGUAUACUGCACAGGCAUGUCACAUGUAUACUGUACGGGCAUGUCACAUGUAUACUGUACGGGCAUGUCACAUGUAUACUGCACGGGAAUGUCACAUGUAUACUGCACAGGCAUGUCAUGUCACAUGUAUACUGCACAGGCAUGUCACAUGUAUACUGCACAGGCAUGUCAUGUCACAUGUAUACUGCACAGGCAUGUCACAUGUAUACUGUAAAGGCAUGUCAUGUCACAUGUAUACUGCACAGGCAUGUCACACGUAUACUGCACAAGCAUGUCACAUGUAUACUGCACAGGCAUGUCACAUGUAUACUGAACACUAUAUACAGGUAUAUCACAUGUAUACUGUACAGGCAUGUCACAUGUAUACUGCACACUAUAUACAGGUAUAUCACAUGUAUACUGCACAGGCAUGUCACAUGUAUACUGCACACUAUAUACAGGUAUAUCACAUGUAUACUGCACAGGCAUGUCACAUGUAUACUGCACACUAUAUACAGGUAUAUCACAUGUAUACUGCACACUAUAUACAGGUAUAUCACAUGUAUACUGUACAGGCAUGUCACAUGUAUACUGCACACUAUAUACAGGCAUGUCACAUGUAUACUGCACACUAUAUACAGGCAUGUCACAUGUAUACUGCACACUAUAUACAGGUAUAUCACAUGUAUACUGUACAGGCAUGUCACAUGUAUACUGCACACUAUAUACAGGUAUAUCACGUGUAUACUGCACACUAUAUACAGGUAUAUCACAUGUAUACUGUACAGGCAUGGGGCCCUUUAACUGAACUAAUGAUAUUGUCAUCCAUAUCCCUAUAAUAAAUCUGAUUUUAAUAAAUGUUUGUGAAUAA